CUUUUCCUUGUCCUUGCAAUGCAAUUCCCACAUUGAACGGCGCUACCUGGUCACUGCUACUACCAUUACCUACUGGGAAAGGUAGGUACGAAGUACAGCCCGGCAUCAUCUUCUCUAGCUCCCGCCUAUCUUGCCUUUUAUUUUCUUCCACUCGUCUCUAAACUCUUUCUUCCUAUCCUAUUUCCUCUCCUGAACCUUCAGUCCUGAAUUGGGUUUGCCCUGCACGGUUCCUCUACAGCUCCACAGCUCCAGCUCCAGCUCCAGCUCCAGCCCGCUGUUAAUCGCCGAUCCCCCGACCAACCCCUCGUCCACCUGCCUGGGCUGGGCCACCUGCCAGCAAGCCAGGCCUGCCCCUCCUCUCCAAACACGUGUGGGUGCAUGCGCGCAUCCCCCCUACUUCCUGCUGCCCAGCUCUGCGCGGGGCAGCUCUCCGUCCUGACAACAUGAUCCCAAGAACCAUGGUGUCUAACGAGGUUCACCUGCUGCCCCUCAACGACGACGGCUCGCCCGACGUGGCCGGCCAGUAUGUCUAUAUUGCGCCAAAGACACACGACCCCAUCACCAUCCGAUUCACAAUCGAGGGCACCUCCAGCAUAUGUCGCCAUGGCAGCCUGUGGGUCAACAUACCCGAGCAGGGACACGACUUCCAGCGUCACAAGUUCAGGGAGUUCCCGCUGGUUCCCAAUUUCACUCGCGACAUAGAGAUCUCUAUUCCCAUCUACCAGCCCGGCCCCUACACCUACUACAUCACCUAUGCAGCUCUCCCGAAGCUGUCCACCGAGCUCAAGGAUGCCUCUGCUGGUGAAGCCAAGCAGAAAACCCCCCUCUACUACAUCGAUGUGGCCCCUCGCUUGACCUUGGACGGCUCACGGCUGCCGUUGCCCGCAUUGUCCGUCUUCUCCAUUCUCAGCAAAUUCAUGGGCAAGUACCCUCAUGACUGGGAGAAGCACCUCGCCGGCAUCAGCGAGAGGGGCUACAAUAUGGUCCACUUCACCCCUCUGCAGGUUCGCGGAGAGUCAAACUCGCCGUACAGCCUGUACGACCAGCUCUCAUGGGACCCUGCAAGCUUCCCUGACGGCGAGAAGGAUGUCCAGAAGCUGGUCGAGAGCCUGGAGCGGAAGCACUCCCUGCUGAGCUUGACGGAUAUCGUCCUCAACCACACAGCCAACAACACCGACUGGCUGCAGGAACACCCCGAUGCUGGUUACAACUUGACCACUGCCCCCUGGUUGGAGUCGGCCUACCUGCUGGACACCAAGCUGCUUGAUCUGGGUUAUAAGCUGGACAAGCUGGGCCUCCCGACUGAGAUCAAGGAGGUUGAUGACCUUGUGAAGAUCAUGGGGUCAGUCAAGGAUGUGCUGAGUGAGAUUCGGCUCUGGGAGUACUACGUCGUCGAUGUUGAUCGCGACGCGGAUGCUGGUGUCAAGGCGUGGUCUGAGGGGCGGGUCGACGAGGCCUCGCUGAAGCUGCCAACCGGUACCGUUGAGGAACAAGCUGCGUUUCUACGAGCUGGCCUCGACGGUAUGAAUCACCUCGGCGAGCGAUUCAGGAGGAAGCUCAAGCCAGAAGUUGGUGCUGCCUACAUAACCGAACUGCUUGGAAAGUUUGAGUCUGCAGAUGAGGCGAAGAAGGCCGAUGCACGGGCUAAGCUGGCGGCAGGACUGGAUGUCAUCAAUGUCUCUUUCUACCAAGAGUAUGACAGCGAGUCGGCCGUGAUCCUCGAUCAGCUCUACAACAGGAUUAAGUACUGCCGCCUGGAUGAUCACGGUCCUAAGAUGGGUCCGAUCGGGGCAAAGAGCCCAUUGAUUGAGUCGUACUUCACCCGAUUGCCUGAAAACGAGAAGACAGCCAAGCAUAAGAAGGAAGAUCUGGCGCUAGCGAACAACGGUUGGGUUUGGGGUGGCAACGCGCUUGUUGACAAUGCCGGGCCCGACUCAAGAGUGUACCUCCGCCGUGAGGUCAUUGUCUGGGGUGACUGUGUCAAACUGCGAUAUGGCAGUGCCCCCGAAGACAGCCCUUUCCUUUGGGACCACAUGACCAAGUAUGCUCGCACCUUGGCCAAGUACUUUGCUGGUUUCCGCAUUGACAACUGCCACUCCACUCCGAUCCACGUCGCCGAGCAUAUUCUGGAUGAGGCCCGGCGGAUCCGCCCAGAUCUGUAUGUGGUUGCGGAGCUUUUCUCCGGGUCCGAAGAAAUGGACUACGUCUUCGUGAAGAGGCUCGGCCUCAGCUCGCUGAUUCGUGAGGCGAUGCAGGCUUGGAGCACCGGUGAGCUCAGUCGUCUGGUUCAUCGGCAUGGAGGGCGACCGAUUGGCAGUUUCGAGGUGGACGAGAUCUCCAGGAACGACAACAGGUCGCCCACCUCCCCAACAGGGCAGAACGGAUCAUCACAAAAUGGUGAUGCGGGCUUGACAAGGGAGAUCAUUCGCCGCAUCAAGCCUGUGCCGGUGCAGGCGCUGUUCAUGGACUGUACUCACGACAACGAGACACCCGCUCAAAAGCGCGAUGCUCGGGACACUCUGCCCAACGCUGCGCUUGUGAACAUGUGUGCCAGCGCCACUGGGAGUGUCAUGGGCUACGAUGAGAUCUACCCCAAACUCGUCGAUCUUGUCAGUGAGACGAGACUGUACCAGUCUGAAUCAUCCAACGGCAAGGAAAUCAAAGUUGGAGGUGGCAAGAAUGGUAUCGGCGGUGUCAAGAAACUCCUGAACCAGAUCCACACAUUGAUGGGCCAGGACGACUAUGACGAGACAUUCAUCCACCAUGAGGACCAGUACGUCACUGUUCACCGUGUUCAUCCGGAGUCGCGCAAGGGAUACUUCCUUAUCGCACACACCGCCUUCCCAGGAUACGGGAAUGGCAACGGUGCUUUUAACCCCGUACACCUUGCUGGCACCAAAGUCAGGCACCUGGGAAGCUGGAUGCUCGAGGUUGACUCAAGCGAAGAGGCCAAGAAGGAAGUUCUUAAGGACAAGAAAUGGCUGCGUGGUUUGCCCAGCCGCGUCAUCGACCUCCCGGGUGUCCGUAUUGAUGUCAAGGGAGACGACACCACGAUCACGGUCCGUGACAAGUUCCCUCCUGGCAGUAUUGCACUCUUCGAGACCUGGAUCCCCGCUGCUGAGCACUCGGCGGGUCUGGAUACCUUUGUCACGUCGGGGGCAAAGGAGGCGUAUGGAGAGUUGGAUCUCAUCGAUCUCAACUUCCUGCUCUACCGCUGCGAGGCUGAAGAGCGUGAUGCCAGCGGGGGGAAGGACGGUGUCUAUGACAUUCCAGGUCAUGGAAAGCUUGUGUAUGCCGGCCUGCAGGGUUGGUGGAGUAUUUUGAAGGACGUGAUCCGGGACAACAAUCUCGCACACCCGUUGUGCCAAAACCUCCGAGAUGGGCAAUGGGCUCUCGAUUACACCAUCGGCCGCCUCGAACGUGCCUCCCAGACUGAGCUGUAUUCUCGUCUAGAGAAGCCAACCGCUUGGCUCAAGGAACGAUUCGAUGCGAUUCGCAAGAUCCCAAGUUUCCUCUUGCCGCGCUACUUUGCCCUCCUGAUCCGGACUGCGUAUAUGGCCGCUUGGGAGCGCGGUAUCUCCCUGAUGAAUGACAAUGUGCAGAAGGGACAGUGGUUCUUGCAGAGCUUGGCCAUGGUCAGCGUGCAAGAGCUCGGAGUCGUCAACUCCGGCUCCCUCUACCCCAAGACCCUGGUGCCCUCUCUAGCAGCUGGUUUGCCUCAUUUCGCCGUUGAAUGGGCGCGCUGCUGGGGGCGUGAUGUCUUCAUCUCCCUUCGGGGCCUUCUGCUCGGCACAGGACGAUUUGACGAGGCCAAGGAACACAUCCUUGCUUUUGCCAGUGUGCUAAAGCACGGGAUGAUCCCCAACCUGCUCGCUUCUGGUAACACUCCCCGGUACAACUCUCGCGACUCGAUUUGGUUCUUUUUGCAGAAUAUCCAGGAUUUCACCAAACUGGCACCAAAUGGUCUCGACUUGCUCAAGGCAAAGACAAAGCGCCGAUUCCUUCCCUACGAUGACACAUGGUUUGAUGUUGAGGAUCCUCGUGCGUAUUCACAGGAGAGUACUAUCGAGGAUAUUAUCCAGGAGGCCCUGCAGCGCCACGCGGAGGGCAUGUCCUUCCGCGAAGCUAAUGCUGGCCCCCAGAUUGACUCACAAAUGAGCGACGCGGGAUUCAAUAUCGACAUUAAGGUGGACUGGGCAAAUGGCUUCAUCUUUGGCGGCAACCAGUCCAACUGCGGUACUUGGAUGGACAAGAUGGGCGAGUCCGAACGAGCGGGUUCCAAGGGUGUCCCCGGUACUCCUCGUGAUGGCGCGGCUGUCGAGAUCACCGGUCUGCUGUACAGCACUCUGCGCUGGGUGCAGGACCUGAGCGCUAAGGGCAAGUUCAAGUACAGCAGCGUGACGAAGGCUGACAAGUCAACAAUCGGGUUCAAAGAAUGGGCGGAUUUGAUCAAGGCCAACUUUGAGCGAUGUUACUACGUGCCUCUGUCGAAAGAGGAGGACUCCAAGUAUGAUGUGAACCCGAACGUCAUCAACCGUCGCGGCAUCUACAAGGAUCUGUACAGGUCUGGGAAGGAGUACGAGGACUACCAACUGAGACCCAACUACCCUAUCAGCAUGACCGCUGCCCCAGACCUUUUCGACCCAGAGCAUGCCUUGCACGCGCUCGUGCUCACGGACGGCGCACUCCGCGGGCCAACGGGAAUGGCGACCCUCGAUCCUGCUGACCUCAACUACCGGCCGUACUACAUCAACUCUGAGGACUCGACCGAUUUUGCGACGUCCAAGGGCAGGAACUACCAUCAGGGGCCGGAAUGGCUGUGGCCCACGGGCUAUUUCCUGCGUGCGCUGCUCAAGUUCGACCUUCUCCGCCGGGACCCUCAGGACAAAGAGGGCCGCACCGAGGCGUUCCAGCAGGUCACGCAGAGGCUGAUGGGGGCCAAGCGGAUGAUCAAGGAGAGCCCCUGGGCCGGGCUGGCAGAGCUGACGCAGAAGAAUGGGGAGUUCUGCGGCGACUCGUGCCCUACCCAAUCCUGGUCGGCUAGCUGCCUGAUUGACCUCUACAUGGAUGCCGCCGAGUACCAGAGCGGGGACGGCGUCGGGCUGAGCAAGCUGAGCAUCUCGACCUGAUGGACGGGCGCAUAGAGAGGUGCGCAUUUGGAUAUUCAGGGGCUGGCUUGCCGGUCAACAGCCUGAGGAAGUAAGUAUCGGGGAAAGGAGGAUAUGAGGAUGGAACUGAUGACGGGAAGGAACUACAUGAGUACACGACUGAACCCCCCAGACUGGGCGAACUGGUAAAAAAAGCAAGCGAUCAACAAACAUUUCAAAUCAUAGCAUAGACAGGGUACGCAUUCCUACCAUCAUACCUAUAGAUAUCAAAUGGAAUUGUGGGCAAAAAAAA